UGGCUCCAAUAGAUGGCUUUAAGCGUCUGUUUGAAUGUCUUCUGUCAAUGUUAUGAUUUUUUUUCUUUUGACGUUUGUAAGCUGUCACUCUUAGUUGACUUUAGAAGCAAAUUACACGUGUUUUUGUUAAAAAGUGUUAGUUUGGCGUCAGUUUUAGUAUGGAAUCCAAUAACGAGCAUUUUCGUCAUAUUUUACUUUUUUAUUUCCGCAAAGGAAAAAACGCAGCGCAGGCUGCUAAAAAGUUACGUGACGUAUAUGGCGAGGAAGCCUUAAAAGAAAGACAGUGCCGCAAUUGGUUUGAUAAGUUCCGUUCUGGAGAUUUUUCACUCAAAGAUGAGCAACGUUCAGGUCGGCCAUUGCAAGCUGAUGAUGACCAAAUCAAAGCCAUAAUCGAGUUGGAUCGUCAUAUAUCUGAGCGGGAGAUUGGAGAGAAGUUGAAAAUACCAAAAUCAACAAUCCACGAUCAUAUAAAACGUCUUGGAUUCGUUAAAAAGCUUGAUAUUUGGGUACCACAUGAAUUGAAAGAAAUUCAUUUAACAAAGCGUAUCAAUGCUUGCGAUUCUCAUCUCAAACGCAAUGAAUUCGAUCCUUUUUUGAAGCGAAUAAUUACUGGUGAUGAAAAAUGGAUUGUUUACGAUAAUAUUAAGCGAAAACGUUCAUGGUCCAAACGUGAUGAGCCACCACAAACCACCUCGAAAGCUGAUAUUCACCAAAAGAAGAUUUUGCUAUCAAUUUGGUGGAAUUGGAAGGGUGUAGUAUUUUUUGAGCUCCUUCCAAAGAACCGAACCAUUAAUACGGAUGUCUACUGUCAGCAACUGAACAAACUGAAUGCAGCGAUUAAAGAAAAACGGCCAGAAUUGGUCAAUCGUAAAGGCAUCAUCUUCCACUAG